GCGAUCAUCUAUCAAGAAAAGUUUUUCUAUCCUCUUUUUGCUUUUCCUAGGCAUAAAGUAGCCAUAGCCAUGCCUAGGAGAGUUGGAAAAGAAGUUGCACAACAAGUGGAAAUCACUCUUGUGAGUCAAAGACAUUCUGAAGAUGAAAAUAGUCUGAAGCAUCUUCCACCUAUUUCUCCCUUGGCUGAUUGCUCAUAUGGCAAUCCCAUAUAUCGUAAGGAUGAUGAGGAGAAGGUUGAUUUUGCUGAGGUCAUUAAUGAAAAUUCUCGAGCUAUUCGAGAAAAAGUAGCAGAAAGUUGCAAAACCUUCAUUGCAGUUUCUGAGAGAACCAUAGAACAUGUUCUACAGCAGCAAAAUGUUCCAAGGCAACCCGUACCUCCAACAAUGGAAUUGCCACAGCAAAAUCUUCUAGAUCUUUUGCCCGGGGGGCACGGGGGGCAUGUUAAUCAGCCGCAUGUGGUGCAACAGAUGCCUAAUGCUCAAAAUAAUGGUCUUGGUGCAGUCCAGGUGCAGUUCAAUAGGCAACAGCAAAACAAUCCUGCUGGUGGCAUCCUUCGACCACAAGAUCUUGUGAAAGCAACAUUUCGUGCAACUGAGUCACUCAAUGCCAAUCAACAAAGAUAUGUACCUCUUGCAUGGCGUCCAAAUGCAACCCCACAACCCAACUUGCAGAAUAAUGCCUUUCAACCAUUAAAGCUACAAGCAACACCCCCUCCCUUGGAUAGAAAUCACCUAAUUGAUCUAGUCCAGAAGACAUAUGGUCCAGCUUUAAGACCAGUGAUUGACUCAACGGCCAAGGAAUCUUCUGAAAAUUAUCUUAUGCGGUUUAGAAAAGCCAAGAUGAAAUGUCAUGUUGCCUUACCAGAGCAAGAGUUCGUGAAGCUUGCUCAGAAUGGUUUAGACAUUGAAUUUCGAAAGAAGUUUGAGGGGAUGGAAUUUAGAGAUUUCUUUGAGCUCUCUUAUAAGAUGGCACGUUAUGAGAACCUUUUAAGAGAGGAAUCCCAAAGAAAAGCAACAUCCCAAAGAACUUAUUAUCAGGAUGCUUUUGACCUUGAUGUUGCCGAGGUCUUUGCAAACAAGCCAAUAACUUAUCCAAAUCUGAUGAAAGUCACUCAACAGGUUGAGGCAACCUUUGAAGCAUAUCAGCAAACGAAGUUGACUAGUGAUGAUAAUCUUCUUAAGGACAUGGAUGUUUUGCAGAUCGGCGACAUCUCUAUUAAUCUCUCUUAUUUGGUUCUCACGCUUCCUUUGGUUUUUCAAGCCAAGGGCAACAAGACUAACCAUGUUCCUACCCAUGUUUCCAAGGGUAGUAUGGUUGUUGAAGAAGAAGUAAUAGAGGUUCCAGCCCAAGAAGAGGAAGAGGAGCAUGAUAUCCUCUCAGAACAAAUUAUUUUUAACAAACCAGAUGAAACAGUCAAUGUCAUACCUUCUUUUAUGUUGAGGAAUUUGGGUAAAAAUUCUGAGGACUUGGUUUAUACUGACGUAAGCAUCAGUGAUUUCACAAGUGAUGUUAGCAAAUCGAAAGGAGUGAUGCCGGUUGCACUUACUGUCUGCAGCAAGACAUCAAUAAGUGCUUUCUUUGUUGUAGACUCUUAUACAACUUAUAAUGCAUUCCUAGGACGUGAUUGGAUCCAUUCGAAUUGGUGUGUUCCAUCUACUUUCCAUCAAAGAUUCAUUUUUUGGAAUGGGGGCAAAAUUGACGUGGUUCAUGCUGACAGCAAACUGUUCUUAGCCAAUUCCAAUAUGGUAGAAGCAUGGUACUAUGAUGAAGACGUAGAAACCAUCUGUUUCUUCGGCAUGGAUAGACAAGGAAGACCUCAUGGAAUCACUGCUUGCAACAAGCCUACUUUGGCUAAGUAUAUGGUUGACGAGGUGGUACAUGAAGGUGAGGAGGACACCCAUACUAAUGGAGUCACAAUGGAAGAGUUAGAUCUAGCCCAUACGAAGAUGGAUGACCCCAGGGCAGAUGUACAGGAUCCAUUGAAGGAAGUUAAUCUGGGAACAGAGGCAGAGCUACGCAUUACUUUUAUCAAUGGCUUGCUGCCGCCAAAGAUGCGAGAUAAAAUAAUUUGUUUACUACAUGAAUUCAAAGACUACUUUGCUUGGGAUUAUUCUGAGAUGCCAGGUUUAGACCAAGAGUUGGUAGAGCAUAGACUACCAAUCAACAAAGCAUAUAAGCCAUACAAACAGUCGCCACGCCGUAUGUGUCUAGAAGUGAUUUUGAAGGUGAAGGAAGAAGUGGAGCGACUGCAUAAAGUUGGUUUUAUACGAAUAGCCAGUGGCUAUAAUCAGAUCUUUAUUGCAGAGGAAGACAUAAGUAAAACAACGUUUCAUUGCCCUGGAAACAUAGGUCUCAAGCAAUUGAGUGGCGAAUACAAGUGUACAAGCGUAGUUUUGUCUCCAUAUUUUGCCAUUGCCAUCCAACUAUUGGAGGAAUUUGAUGAUGUCUCCCUGAAGCAUAUUCCUCGCAACAUGAAUAUUGAAGCAAAUGAACUUGCGCAGAUUGCUUCAAGUGUAAAAAUACCUAAAGGUGUCUUGGAGAAAGUGAUCGUCAUUAAAAAAUGGUCUCUGCGGAUUGCAAUUCAAAAUGGCUUAAAUUCUGGGGAAUACAAUGAGGCCAUGAUCAUGGAGUUGGAAGACCUUGAGGAAGCAAGGCUGACAACAUUGGAUGUGAUGAAAGCCCAGAAGCUUAAGGUGGCACAAGCUUACAACAAAAGGGUCAAGCAAAAGAAUUUAGCCGAAGGAAGCUGGGUUUGGAAGGUUGUGCUGCCGCUUGGCAAGAAGGAUCCCAGAUAUGGUAAAUGGUCCCCUAAUUGGGAAGGACCAUUCCAAAUUCGUAAAGUUCUUAAAGGGGGUGCUUAUUGGUUAAAGUCUUUGAAUGGGGAGUUACAUCCGUGCAAGAUCAAUGGCAUCUACUUGAAACCAUAUUAUCCAACUGUGUGGGAGGCACGGGAUAGUUCUGCCUCUAUGUCUACAUGAUCUAGAGUGGCUUUUUUUGCAAAAGCCGUAGGCAACAUGAAUUAAGCAAGCAAAUAAAUUCAUCGUUCAUCA